UUCCUAAAUUAACCCAAGUGAAGCCUUGAGUAAAAGCUAUCUGAUAAGUAUAACAAAACUACAAUUCUAAGUAAUUUAUUUCUUUUCACGAUCUAUGAGUCACCUGUCACAUUUAUAAGAUAGAUGAUAUGCCAGAAGUUUUCAAAAUUCAGUAGUGACAUUUUAUUUUUUAUUUAUUUAAAUGGCUGUGAAAUAGUAAUCAAGAUGAAAUUAUCUCGUGUUAAACUUAUAAUAUGGCAAACAUUUUCUAGAUUGUUAAGCGAAUCUAAUAAAAAAAGGCUAGUUUGCAAUGCUGUGAAUACGUCAUCAUACCGACUCUACAGUGGCUCUGUGGCUCCUGGUCAAGAGCAGUGUAUCUUAGACUCUUGCAGUAUCAGUCCGACUUGUCAGGAACCAAGGGUGAUAAUUGUAGGUGCGGGAAUGGCAGGACUUUCAGCGGCACACCGGUUAACUCAAUGUGGGAUUCGUAAUUUUGUAGUCUUGGAGGCGAAAGAGCGACCUGGUGGAAGAAUACAUUCAUGUUGGCUUGGUGAUGCAGUUAUUGAGAUGGGUGCAGAAUGGAUAUCUGGAGCUUGUUUACCGAAUUCUGUCUAUACUCUGGCAUCGCAGGACAGACUGUUGCAGACACCUUUACAGAGGUUAGACUCGUCGCGUGGUUUAUUCUGUACAAGCGAGGGACGUGCAGUAGAUUUACCUGUGACAAUCACGGCAUAUCAUACCUUCCGACAAAUUGAACAGCAAGCCGCAAAUUUGUUUAGAUUAGGUGGUGAGAGACAACAUGGCACCUUGUUGAAUUUCAUUGGACUAAGAAUACAACAAGAAUUGCAUAAUUUCCCAGAAGACCAAAGAUACGACGCUGCGCGUGUCAUGUUUGGGUUGACAAAUAUUUUACGUAAUAAAUGCGGAGAUGAUCUUUCUUUAGUAAGUGCGGACCAGUACGGUAGCUACAUUGAAUUACCGGGGGGAAGCGUUCGCGUUCCACUUGGCUAUGUGGGAGUUUUAGCACCUUUAUUACGUGGCCUUCCAGAUAAUUGUAUUAGAUAUUCUAAGCCCGUGAACGUCGUCCGCUGGGGUACUGGUCAAGCAGAAAAUGGCCGUGUACUCGUGAAAUGCUGUGAUGGUGAAGAAAUAGUAGCGGACUACGUUAUUUUAACGUUGUCCUUGGGUUGUCUCAAAUGCCAAGCUGAUAAAUUGUUUGCUCCACCCCUUCCAGUGUGCAAACUGGACGCCAUUUGUAAUUUAGGUUAUGGACUUAGCAAUAAAGUAUUUUUGGAAUACGGCGAGCCCUUUUGGGUAUGCCACGAAGGUAAUUUGAAAUUGGCUUGGUCAGCUGAAGAAUUACAAUGUAGAUCUGAUUGGACUCAGGGAGUAUGUUCCAUAGACGAAAUGCCGGGAAGUAAGCAUGUACUCUGCGCUUCGAUUUCUGGACAAGAAGCGGCUCUGAUGGAAUCUAUGGCAGAUAAUGACGUAGCCGAGGGAUUGACAAUGUUGCUAAGAAGAUUCACAGGGAAUCCAUGCCUGCCAUACCCACAGAUGAUGCUAAGAUCUAAAUGGGCUUCUGAUCCACAUUUUUGCGGAUCGCAUUCUUAUAUGAGUUGUUGUUCUACUGUUAGUCAACAGUGCGAGCUCGGGACACCGGUCCCGGGGCCCUGUGAUCCACAACCUCCAAUACUUUUAUUUGCGGGUGAGGCAACGGUGCCUGGAUAUUUUGGAACUGUACACGGCGCACGCUUAAGUGGCAUCCGUGAAGCUGAACGCAUUAUACAAUUGACUAAAAAAUUCGAAGGUCCUCCACGUUAGCGGAAUUUGAAUAGUAGUGCGAUAUG